AUGCGGAAGAGUUCGAAAGGGUCUGUCCAGGAAUUGUCGACGCGGUUGACGGGGCACCUGAAAAGGGCGGCGCAGCGGAAGACGGGCGAAGCUGGCGCUGAGGAGACGGAGGGCAAAGCCGCGAAGCCGCUGCAGGUGGAAGCCCAGCGCGGCGCAGGAGGAGGCGGCGUUGGCGGUGCCACGGGGCAAACGAUUGCGGCAAAAGGCAGAGAACAAGAGGGAGACGGUGCGGAGCGUCCAGCGACGACUGAGCACGGCAGCGCCACUGGGAAAGCCGUGGCAAAUUCUGCGGACGGCACUGCCACCAACGCCCUGUUUGUGCGUGCGCCUUUGUUGCUGCUGCUGCUUGCGGCUUGUCUUGCCUGCGCCGUUCGGCAGUGGUGA